GAGCGCGCUUCCGGUGUGCGUGGCCAUCACGCGUCGCGCGGUUGCCCCGCAGGCCCUUGUCCUGUCUUGUCGACCGCUGCGCCGGCGCUGUGCUGCGUUCCGCGGCCUGCAGUCUCUGCGCGUCCCGGCGAAGGCGGCCCGACAUGAGCGGCAAAGAAGGCCCGGGCGGCUUCAGGAAGAGGAAGCACGACAACUUUCCGCACGGCCAACGCAGAGAGGGCAAGGAUGUGAGCGCGUCGUCGCCAGUGAUGCUGGCCUUCAAGUCGUUUCAGCAGGAACUGGAUGCGCGGCAUGACAAGUACGAGAGGCUGGUGAAACUCAGCCGGGACAUAACCGUUGAAAGUAAAAGGACCAUUUUUCUCCUCCAUAGGAUUACAAGUGCUCCUGAUAUGGAAGAAAUACUCACUGAAUCAGAAGUUAAAUUGGAUGGUGUCAGACAAAAAAUAUUGCAGGUAGCCCAGGAGCUGUCAGGAGAAGACAUGCAUCAGUUCCACCGAGCCAUCACCACGGGACUGCAGGAAUAUGUGGAAGCUGUCUCUUUUCAACACUUCAUCAAAACACGGUCAUUAAUCAGUAUGGAUGAAAUUAAUAAAGAGUUGGUAUUUACAACAGAAGACAGUGGGAAAGAAAAUAAGACUCCCUCCUUGGAUGCACAAGAUAAGCAUCUUGUCACUUGGAAACUGAAAGUCACACCUGUGGAUUACCUUCUGGGAGUGGCCGAUCUAACUGGAGAAUUGAUGCGGAUGUGUAUUAACAGUGUGGGGAAUGGGGACAUCGAUACCCCCUUUGAAGUGAGCCAGUUUUUGCGCCAGGUGUACGAUGGGUUCUCCUUCAUUGGCAACACUGGGCCUUAUGAGGUCUCCAAGAAGCUGUACACCCUGAAACAGAGUCUAGCCAAAGUGGAGAACGCUUGUUACGCCCUGAAGGUCCGGGGCUCUGAGAUCCCAAAGCACAUGCUGGCAGACGUGUUCUCGGUGAAGACAGAAAUGCCUGAUCAAGAGGAGGGCAUCUCCUAGAGCAGCGUCCCUGGCUGAUCCCAAGAGACCAGUUUGUAAGACUGUCACUUAGCAUUUCACUGGACUUUGUUGUGGCAUUGGCCUUGAAGUGUUUUCAGUUGUUUGUCUUCUCAGUUGUACGCACACUGUACAUACAGUUUUCAGCUGAGGCCCUCUUAUCAUUUGUGCAAGUGUGGGCACAAGCGUUUGCAUGUGUGCCUGUUUGAGAUCUCUGCUGGCUGACCUUCACCAUUUAUCUGUGCUAGGUAAAUGUGCUUUGUAUUGCUUUUUCUGCGGUACCCCUUUUAAUGUACUUGGUGUGAAUGUUGUGGUGAUCAUUUUUAGUGGCAGCCAUUGUAAGUUGGUGGUUUUGUUUUAGAUAGAAAAGAUUUCUUAGUUGCACUUCUGGACCUGAACUUCCACACCUCCAGAACUGGCUCCAUUCAUGGAGCAAGGAGUAAAAACUAAUAACCUGUCAACAUUUUAAAAUUAUAAGUUUUGAGGUAUUUUUGUGAGAAUUUGUAUAAAGUUCUGGCUAAUUUUAGGCCGUUUUGAGUUUAUAGCCUUCCAGAAAAAAAUGGACAAAUGCCCAGAUAUUAAUGUCUUCACUGUUUUGUUUUCUGCAGUGCUGGGGAUGGACCCAGGGUUGUCGUGACAGGCCAGCGCUCCACCACUGAGCUACAUCUCCAGCCCCUCCUCAUUUUUUUUUCCUUUUGUUGUAGAAGAUAUGGUGGGGAAUUGGAGCUAAUAUUUUAAUGUUUUCAGCGGUUAAGCUGAAUUAUGUAUGUGUAUGUAACUAACAAGCUUUUAGUGAGUAUUUAGCGGGAUUUUCCCCCUUGCCAAUAUUAGAGGCAUGUUUGAAGACUUUCCUGUUCUAGCAUCUAUUAGAAAUUACAUUUAGGUAAUUGCAGUGAAAUAUUGAAACACUCAAGUUGAUCCCAACUUUUAGAGUUGUCUGUGGCAUUGGUAAAGUUGCCAAAGAAGAUGUGUGGUGCACAGUUGGGCAGCUGAGAAUGGCGGUGUGGUCUCCGAUGCUCCUCAGAGGUGGAACUGCCCUGAGUGAAGUGACUGGAGCGCUGGCUUAAGAUCUAGUUACUGGGUUUUGUUUUGGGAAAGGUCAUCUCCGCUGGUAAGAGCUAAUCCUUGACAGUGUCCCUUUUCGAACAGUGUCACCUAAGUGGAUGGAGGUCGAGGGACCUGGUGCAGAGGCUGCUACAAGGUGGGUGGUCCUGCGCCAGGGCACCGUUGUAUGGAAUCAGCUCCUCUGCACACUCUUGUUACUUCUGCCAUUUGAAUUUAAAUAAAAAUAAAAUGGUAAUGGAUUGAUGAAUGUUUUACAGAUGUUUAAAAUAAGUCUUUUGAAUAAAAUAAAGAAAUUAAGCUCA